AUGAAUUCUAACGUCCGAGUUGAAGAGUUCCUCCAAGUUCUCGGGCGUAAAGGGCGCUAUGAGAUAUGUCAGUACUUCUGGCUGUUCCUGUCCAUGAUAACAGUCUCCUUUGGGAGUCUUGGUUACAUCUUCGUCGGCAAGAGUGUGACUCACCAGUGUGCUACCUUGUCCGCUCAGUCAAUUGCAAACAUACUAGCAUCUCUUGGCAUUCCUGCUGCUGACGUGGUUGGAAUUGACACCAACUACUACAAAUGCAGCGUGGACGUCACCGUCAACACCGUAACGUCGUCACAGACGGUGGAAGUAGAAUGUCUGGACGGUCAGGACUUCGGGGAUAUCCUCUUUACGUCUGUCAUAUCAGAGUUCGGAUUAGUAUGCGACAGACGAGUGCUUGGCGUGUUACCCAAGAUUGUUGUGAUCGCCACCCAGGCUGUUGGCUCUUUGACCCUUCCCGUGUUGGCGGACUACGUGGGCAGGAAGCCGGUGUUGAUUGGAGCUCAGGCUUUAUCACUGAUGUUGAUGUUAUCUCAAGCCUUCAUCCGCAACAUUGACCAGUUCCUCAUCCUGAAGGCCCUCAGUGGUGUGUUUAUUGACGGUGCCCAUUUAGUAUCGUUUACAAUGGCUUUAGAACUAACCCUCGACAGAGACCGGAAGUACAUCGCCGUUUUAUUCGGUUUGGGCUGGUUCCUUGGAUCCGUCACCCUGGUAGGCGUUAGCUAUGGCUUUCGUCUGGAUUCCUGGAGGAGCAUACAAUACUUCACUGCGGGAGGAUCGCUAUUCGUUUUCGUGCAGAUACUGGUUGUAGAAGAAUCUAUCCGCUGGUUGUUUGCCGUAGGUCGUAAUGAGGAGGCUCUGCAGUUGGUUGUCCAAGCCGCUGAGGUCAAUCAUGUUGAUAUCAACAAGACUUUAAGUCGGUACCAUGCUCGUGUGAAGACCCCAAGAUCAAGUGAGAGCAAUGAACCAUCCAGCUCAGCACCAUAUUCCACAGCGGAAACUUCACCUGACACAUCAAGUACCGAAAACCCCAGUGAUGUAACACCAACAAGUCCUGAACACGAAGGUGCAUCAACGACGACUGCAGCAGUUCCAACAACAUCACUAUCAGGGAAUACAACGCCAGCAGAGACACCAAUGUCGGGGACACCAGGGCCAGGAAUUGCGACAUCACCUCGAGCGACCUUGGUGAAGGCAGAGAAUCCCGAAGACCGUGGUUGCUGUGGUAUAAUAAAGAGCAAACGCCUGCUGAGGGAGACGGUGAUUUUUGCCUACGUGUGGUUUGCUGUGGGCUUUUCUUUCUUGAGUUUGUACCUGGCUGAGACGGUGUUGGCGGACAACCUUUAUCUCAACUUCUCUGUCAAUGUUCUGUCGGAACUUCCGGCGGGGAUCAUCUUCUUAGUGGCGGUUGACAGAAUUGGGCGGAAGAACACAAUGUUCAUGUUCUUUGGUAUAGCCCUUGGGUUCCUCUUCGCAUGCACCCUGGUUAAAGUUCUGGCAGAUGUGGCCGUUCAGACGUAUGUGGUACCUGUGUGCGGAUUGAUCGGGAAAUCUGGUAUCGCUGGACUUCAGUUGACGCUAUUCCUCUAUACUGGAGAAAGCUUCCCUACAUCUUCGCGAUUGAUUGGGCUCGGCACUAGUUCGCUGGCAGCAAAGUUCGGAAAUUUGGGUGCUCCGUUUGUCUUCUUUUUCGAGGAAGAGUUUCCAUGGCUACAGACGACACUGAUUGUGAUCCUGCUGCUAAUAGCCACGUUUGCCAUCUUCCCCCUGCCCGAGACGAAAGGGAACGACUUACCAGAGAGCGUCGCCGAUGAGGACGACUUAUACAAUACAUGACUUGACGAAAUACUACAUCUUCUCAAUAAUAUGAUGUAAACUUUACGAGUGCCUUGCGCUAUUGGGGUCAAUAUUCAAUAAAUGUUGGAUAAAGAUUUUUCAUUCUUUUAACAUAGCACAAUGUUUGAGAAAACCUGGCAUUGCUUCACUUACAAAUACGCUCAUAAACAAAUCUUUUCCAGACAUGAAGCAAUGCCAUAGCAACAUUAUUACCAGUCGUGAAGACAUGCAAAAGCAGCAUUUAUAUCAGACAUCUAGACAAGCAAUGGUAA